AUGGGCUCCAGCAUCGUCCCACUCUGCCUAGCGCUUCUGUUGUGUUGUGUUCAUGGCACUCCAGUCUCUGUGAAGCACCUCUCCAGUGAAGCUGAUGCUGAAGCUGGUGAGAUGUUCAAAGACAUUCCAGACAUAAACUUAGCUGCUGGACUGGAUCUCUUUCAGGGUGAUAUCAUGCUCCCUCAAAUUCAGCGGAACGCCAUAAGAAAUGAGAGCUACAGAUGGGAGCUCCCCAUUCCGUAUAUUCUGGGUGAUAACCUAGAUCUCAAUGCCAAAGCAGUCAUUCUCCAGGCAUUUGAAAUGUACCGUCUUAAGUCUUGCAUUGAUUUCAAGCCAUAUGAAGGAGAGACAAGCUACAUAUUGUUUAGCAAAGAAGACGGGUGUUGGUCCAGCGUGGGGGACCUGCACACUGGGCAGAAGCUUUCCAUUGGGCAAGGGUGUGACUACAGAGCCAUUGUGGAACACGAGAUCCUGCACGCUUUAGGAUUUUACCAUGAGCAGUCGAGGACGGACCGGGAUGACUAUGUGACAAUCUGGUGGGAUGAAAUUAUUACAGGCAAAGAUCACAAUUUUGCAAAGUACGAUGACAGCUUCAUCACUGAUCUGAACACCCCCUAUGACUACGAAUCAUUGAUGCACUAUGCACCCUUUUCAUUUAACAAAAAUGAAAGCAUCCCCACAAUCACAGCGAAGAUACCAGAAUUUGAUAACAUAAUUGGACAACGUCUAGACUUCAGUGCCAUUGACCUGAAAAGACUGAAUCGGUUGUAUAGCUGCACUUCAACUCUUACUUUUUUGGACUGGUGUUCUUUUGAGCUUGAAAACAUCUGUGGCAUGAUUCAGGGCACCACAGAUGAUCUAGACUGGGUCCAUCAAGGGAGCAGCACUCCAGGGCAGGAAGACCACACACUUGCUGGGCGCUGUAGAGAUGCUGGCUAUUUCAUGUACUUCAACACCAGCUCUGGCACGGCAGGUGAGCUGGCAAUCCUAGAGUCUCGAAUCCUUUAUCCAAAGAGAACUCAACAGUGCCUCCAGUUCUUCUACAAGAUGACAGGAAGUCCUUCUGACAAGCUGAUCAUCUGGUUUAAAGAGGAUGAUGGCACUGGAAAUGUUCGCAAGAUAAGGAAAAUUCAAACCUUUCAAGCGGAUGAUGACCAUGACUGGAAAAUUGCCCACGUAACCCUCAACGCUCAGAAGAAGUUCCGUUACCUCUUCCAAGGACUAAAGGGCAACCCCAGCUCUUCAUCCGGUGGGAUUGCUAUCGAUGAUGUCACACUGACAGAGACCCCUUGUCCCACAGCUGUGUGGGUCAUUCAGAAUUUCAGCCAAAUCCUCGAAAGUGGAUCACGUAUUCAAAGCCCCCGCUUUUAUAGCCCUGAGGGUUAUGGUUUCGGCAUAACUUUGUAUCCCAACUACGAAAGCAGUGGCUACUCUCGCAUUGCCUUUCACUUGUGCAGUGGCGAGAAUGACGGUGUUCUGGAGUGGCCAGCUCUGAACCGCCAAGCUGCACUAACAGUGCUGGACCAGCACCCUAACGUCUUGGAAAGGAUGUCCUCAAGCAAAAGCUUCACCACAAGCAAAGACCAAGUUAGCUCAGGUAAGUGGUAUGGUACCUUAAUAUGGGAGAAACCAUCAAUUUCUGGAACAUUUGAUGACUCGUGCAAUUGCUAUAGAAGUAUAAACUGGGGGUGGAGUAGCUUCAUAUCCCAUAGCCAGCUGAAACGGAGAAGCUUCCUGAAAAAUGAUGACCUUAUUAUUUUUGCAGAAUUUAAUGAUAUAAGUCACCUCACUAACACUGAAGUCCCUGUUGUCCUUGGACAAUCUGCCUUGACGGAAGGGCUCGUUCUUGAAAGGCAGAAGAGAGCAGCCCAGGAUAUGGAGCCCGUCCAAGACCAGCUGCCUUAUCUGCAAGACCCGUGUGACCCAAACCCUUGCCAGAAUGAUGGAGUCUGUGUAAAUGUGAAAGGAAGAGCAAGCUGCAGGUGCCCGUCAGGACAAGCCUUCUUCUUUACGGGUGAGAGGUGUCAGUCAAUGCAGGUCCAUGGGAACAUCCUGGGAAUGACAGUCGGUGGCAUUGCUGGAACCAUUGUCUUAACCAUCGUCCUCAUUUCCAUCAUGGCUAGAAGAUAAAGAGCUGCA